AUGGAUAGAGUUAGGCAGAUGAAGGUAUUUAGACCACUUAAGAUCCUAAAUGCAAUAAGGGCGGAAGAUAAGGAUAACUUGUCCACUAUUUCCACAAUCAACACCGCCAAAGCAACGAUUAAGAGAACCGAAUGGAAUGGUAGGUUGAUUAUGCAACAAUCAGAGUGGUUACUGGAAACACUUAACUACGCCAUGCAAACUAAGGUGGGUCCGGAUGAGAAAGUGACUCACAAUAUUUUUCUUGCACAUCCAAGGAUGGUGGAUUUGGCUCAGUGUUUUUACCAGGUUCUCUUAAUAGAUUGCACCUAUAAGACAAACAAGUAUAACAUGCCGAUGUUGAACGUGGUAAGCCAUACUUCGGAUAAAAAUUCAUUCACCGUUGCAUGGUGCUUUAUGGAAAAAGAAGAAAUAGAGGACUAUAUUUGGGCGUUGGAACAAGUGAGGUUGAUUUACCGUGGAAUAAACGGUAAUCCUAAGACACCUAGGGAUUCGCAAGGAAGACCACAUUGUGUUGCUUACACUUUGUACAAAGAGUAUACCGACAACCUUCCUUACGUCAUCUUAGAUCACCUUAUACCCACCGACGACGUUGAUGGGGAUGGGAAUUGUGGUUACCAUGUUGCAGCCGAACAAUUAGGGCAUUUCGAGCAAGCCGAUGAACUUAACCUCACCCAAAUCGAAUAUGCAAGAACAAAAAUGGCGGAUAAACUUGUCGAGGACAAGCAACUUUAUUUAACAGUGAUCAUGCAAGGAGAUUCAAAAGAGAAGGAAUUGAAGUUCAAAGACUUGGUUUCUAAUGUGAAAUGGCGGAAGGGGUCGAAGAAAGCCGGUUUUAAGUUUAGAAUGCAAAUGCCUUUUGGUGGUCAACUUUUAGCGGACACAUUCACUUGUGUUGUAAUUUUAUUCAGCAAAGGAUUCCCCGGAGGCUCUUUUAUGUACGUACCCUCAAGAACUAGGUGCGACACGGCGAUAAAGAAAAGAAGAAUUGUAAUGGCACAUGUCAACAAUAACCAUUACAUAGGUUUGAAGAUUUCCGAAAAAUGUCCUCUACCACGGGUGGCCUAUGGUGAUUGGGGAGACUACACCAAGGAGUGGACAAACCAGUACGAGUAUGGAAUGAAUAUGUGGAAUGCUUUGGAAGGAACACCAAGUACAAUGCCUGAACACGUUGACAUGUGCGACUAA